CAUGAACAACGACAAGGUCGUGAAAAAUCAUGAAUGAGUCGACGCGUCGAGUUCACAUUGUACACGAAUCUGGUGAAUACAAGAAAUCCUUUGGCUCCACAGGGCAGGGCACUAGGGGCUCCUGGCCUUACUACUAGGAGCUAGAAGCUACUAGUAACAAGGGCAUUCCUAGUAGUCCCGGUUCAACGCGUCCUACGAGUCCAUGGACUCGGAGCUGAAAGGGUGGAUGGAGCGCAUCGAGGAGCUCCGUCGUAUGUCUUGGGGACACUCCUCGGAGCAGCCCACGCAAAUCACCGAAUGGCUCUAUGUCGGGGGCAACUUGAGAAGCCCUGAAGCAUGGUCGAAGUGGUUUGCUGAGCACCCAUCCUUGACGCAUGUCGUGAACUGCGCCGCGAAGGACGUGCGGUAUGCUGUCAAUGACUCCAUUUCGCUUCUGAAGCUUGAAGCUGUGGAUGAGGAGGGCUUUGAUUUGUUCUCUUUUUGGCCGCUGGUGAAGAGUCACGUCGCGGAAGCCAAAGCUGUCUUGUUUCACUGCCAAGCUGGCAUCAACCGCAGUGCAGCCUUGGCAGUCGCCGCUUUGUGUGUCCACGAGCAGCGGCCCUUCCUUCGGGUGCUUCGUGAUUCGUUGCAAAGGCGGCCGGGGAUGCUACAAAAUCGAAGCUUCAAGCGCCAGCUAAUCCAUUGCAUCCGCACGGAAGGACUACUUGAUUCUGAAGCUGACCUCGACUGGUGGAGUGCCGAGGUUGAGCACUACCAGAAGCAAGUGCAUCAAGUGUUCCAGCUCUUCGCUCAAGACAAUAGUGCAGACUUUGACCUAUUUAAGGAGCUAUUGCAUGAAGUAGGCGAGACGGCGAUAGAGGACCAUUGGCAUCGCAUGAAGAUGCACAGGCUUUUCUUCUGAGUUGGAAUUUUGAGAAUGAUUGCUCCUCUCAUUUGACAGGCCUCUUCUUCCUCUUGCUGGCGGAACCAUUGCGGACGCUGUGGACGAGGCUUCUGCUGAGCGCUGGUUCCGCUCGGAUGCACCAGAAGUCUUUGAGAAGCUGAUUGGGAAGCUGUCGGAAGGAGAUGCUAGUUCACGUUGAGAUUCUAUCCGCCUGCAUCCCAUAUAAUAGCCCAAUCUGACAAGUCACACUACAGUGACCACAUUGAAUACGGCCCAAAGAAUGUGGCCGUGCAAGCUCCACUGUACAGGCUUGCCAAGGGUGA